UGGCCAAAGCCACUGAUGCAUCGAUAGAUCUGGUGUGAAGAUAAGGUGGUUACAGUUAAUUUUGAUAGUCCACUUUAGACAUUCUAGUAAUGCAAAGCGACAUGAUCACAUUAGAAUGACCAAAAGACUGUGCCAUGAAUUCCAAAAGGACUCAAGAGUGCAACCCAUCCACUUCAGUCAAUUAGUUUAAAAAACACAGUCAUCCUCUGAUUCCUUGAUGGGUUUUGGAUUAUUGGAUGUCAAAGCUCCUCCCUGUAGUUAAACACAUUAGACCCUGGACACUAAGACGUACACAUAAUCCCUCUGUGGACCCACCUACACAGGUGAAUAUAAAGUCCAGAUCGGACAGCACACAGACACCAAACCACAGCAGAGGAGAAUCCUGAACAUCUCCAUACACUGAGACAACAUGGAUCCAAGAGCCUCCUUCUCCAUUCUGAUGCUGCUGGUUGGCUUCUCCCAGGCACUUUUUCUACCGGUAAGACCCUGUUUAGUCUCUCCGAACACUCAGAUAAUAGAGAAUAAACUUGCAGAUUUGUUGGUAUCAGAGCCAGAAAAUGUGGACCUCACUACAAAGAUUUUGGAGACCAACAAUGGAUCUGCUGAAAUCUUGCUUGAAGGAGAUCUGGUGUUUCCCAAAACCAGAAAUGCUCUCUACUGCUUAAACAACAACUGUUUCUGGAAGAAAAACGCCAACAAUCUAGUUGAGGUCCCUUACAUAGUGAGCAGUGAAUACACAUAUUAUGAGAAGAGUACUAUCCAGAGCGCCAUGACGUCCUUCGCCAGCAAAACCUGCAUCCGCUUUGUGCCCAGAUCAUCUCAGAUCGACUACAUCAGUAUUGAGAACUUAGAUGGGUGUUACUCGUCUCUUGGUAGAACAGGUGGCAAACAGGUGGUCUCCCUCAACAGGGGUGGCUGUGUGUAUCAUGGCAUCGUUGAACAUGAGCUCAAUCACGCCCUGGGCUUCUACCACGAGCACACCAGGAGCGAUCGUGACCAGUACGUGAGGAUCAACUUUGAAAACAUCUCUCCUGAUAUGGCCUACAACUUCCAGAAACAGAACACCAACAAUCAAAACACUCCAUACGACUACAGCUCCGUCAUGCACUACGGAAAAACGGCCUUCGCCACCCAAUAUGGGCAGGAAACCAUCACUCCCAUUCCUGAUGCAUCUGUGCAAAUUGGACAGAGACAGGAGCUGUCUAACAUCGACAUCCUGAGGAUCAACAAACUGUAUGGAUGCUGAAGCUGAGGCUUAUGUACACGUGAUGUUAUUGAUCAUUAAAUAUAGUUUAUGUGUCUGUAGAUGUUAUAAUGAGGGAAUGAAGUGAUGAUCUUUGUCAUAUUAUGGUGUUGGAUUUCUGAAAUGUUGAUUGUAAUAAAAAAAUAAAGCAAAUUAAAAGACAAGAUGGAGCUUGUUUGUAAUUCAAUAUCUGAUUGAAAUGAAUCUAAAGAUCUCUACAAGAGCAGAAGCGACAUCACCACUGAAGUUUUCUUUUAGCCUGGACAGGUGAACACUAGGAGAAAAGGAGUUAUGGACCAUAAAAUAAAACUUAAAAACCAAUUGAGGUGUUUCAAGAAUUGGAUUAGACUAUUACAUUUUAAAUGCGAUGCACUGUUUGAGAUACAGUAUGACUUUAUUGUAAAGUAAACCCUCAUCAUGUUUCAACAACGACAAGAAACACAACUGCCUCAAUCCUGUAAAAACUAAAGUUUGAUUAUGAAGUGAUUAAGUCAUAAUAACUAAAACUGAUAAUGUUAAAGUUAGCACUAUUAUGUCUACUAAGCAUCAAGAUAUAAACU